UCGACGUCAUUCUCCCAGGCAGCGCUCCGUGUCGCUGAAAAGAUGGCGGACUCGCAGUCAACGGGUCUGGCGGACGAUGCCGAGAAGGAGGACAGGGAGAGUGGCGGGCGGACGUCGAGGACAGGCAGAGGCAAGGGCAAGAAUGGCGGAACGGAUAGUCUGCGGUUCAGCGACAAAAAUGGCAGCGGGAAGGGGAAAAAACGCUACCUGUCAGAUCUGUCCCUGGUCAGGUUUGUAACCACUGAGCUCACCAGGGGCUACUUCCUGGAGCACAACGAGGCCAAGUACGCCGAGGGCAGGGAGAAGGUCUACACUUGCCUCCGCAUCCCCAAGGAGCUGGAGAAGUUGAUGACAUUUGGCUUCUUCCUCUGCCUGGAUGCCUUCCUCUAUGUCUUCACGCUGUUGCCCCUCAGAGUACUGCUGGCCCUCUUGCAGCUUCUCACACUGCCAUGUUGUGGUCUUGGUGGUGGGCGCCUCUUGCAGCCGGCCCAGGUGUGCGAUGUCCUGAAAGGCUUCAUCAUGGUCCUGUGCUACUCCAUGAUAAGCUACGUAGAUUACGCCAUGAUGUACCACCUCAUUCGAGGCCAGUCUGUCAUCAAGCUGUACAUCAUCUACAACAUGCUGGAGGUGGCCGACCGCCUCUUCUCGUCAUUCGGCCAGGACAUCCUGGACGCGCUGUACUGGACGGCCACGGAGCCAAAGGAGAAGAAGCGGGCGCACAUCGGCGUCAUCCCCCACUUCCUCAUGGCUGUGCUCUACGUCUUUCUCCACGCCAUCCUCAUCAUGGUCCAGGCCACCACACUCAACGUCGCCUUCAACUCGCACAACAAGUCACUCCUCACCAUCAUGAUGUCCAACAACUUUGUGGAAAUCAAAGGAAGCGUGUUUAAGAAGUUUGAGAAGAAUAACCUUUUCCAGAUGUCAAACAGCGACAUCAAAGAGAGGUUCACCAACUACAUCCUCCUGCUCAUCGUCUGUCUGAGGAACAUGGAGCAGUUCUCCUGGAACCCUGACCACCUGUGGGUGCUGUUACCCGACGUGGCCAUGGUGAUUGCCUCCGAGGUGGCGGUGGACGUGGUCAAGCACGCCUUCAUCACCAAAUUCAACGACAUCAGCGCCGAUGUUUACGGGGAGUACCGAGCCAGUCUCGCCUUCGACCUGGUCAGCAGUCGACAGAAAAACGCUUAUACAGACUACAGUGACUCCGUAUCCAGAAGAAUGGGUUUCAUUCCUCUUCCUCUAGCACUGCUGCUAAUCCGUGUGGUGAGCAGCUCAGUUAAGAUCCAGGGCUCGCUCUCCUUUAUGUGUGUGCUGCUCUUCUAUUUUGGGCUGAUCACUCUGAAGGUGCUCAACAGCAUCAUCCUGCUGGGCACAUCGUGCGCAUUCGUAAAGGACGCAAAUAUGGAGGAGAAACUCUUCGACCCGCCGCCCUCGGCCGUCUCCAGCCGCAUCAACUCCCGGGCUCACCGUGCCAAGCCACCUCACACUGCCGCGGCACAGCAAGAACCGACGACGGACAAACCCGGAAUACCCUUGGCGUCAAUCAGCCCGCAGCCCGCCUACGUGGCCGAGAGCGCCGCCCUCCCCGCCGACGCGCUGCCCAAGACCGACUCGGACACCUUCCUCACCACGCCCGACGAGGAGGAUGACGUUAUUAAGAUCAUCAACACGGACACAGGCCUAGACGAAGAGGUGUUGGUGCGCCGGACCCCCAAGAAAGACCUGCUGGAGAUUGACCGCUUCACUAUCUGUGGCAACCGCAUCGACUGAACACCACAACGGUGGCGGCGACCGAUGAGUAUUUAUUAAUUUAUUACUGACACAAACCAGCAGAGGCUUUAAGCUGUUACUACAUGCCGGCACAAGGAGUUCACUGGGACUCGCCGGACCCCUGCCCAGGAUGGCGUGGAGACAGAAGUCACAGAAAUGGGAGAUGUGAAACUCUUGCUGUAUUGGUUACAACUGAACUGUGUGGUUUUUUUCUCUCAAAAGCACAAUCCACAUUCGGCAGUUGCUUUAAGAAGGAACACAUUUAUUUUAUUUUAUUGUAUUUUUUUUUUUUUUACUCUAAGUGAAAAUGUGAUGUUUUUAUCUGCAGUGGCAGACUCGCAGUAACAAGCUGGAAUCUUGAUGGCGUUCUGUUGUUGUUUUGUGUAACAUGUUUCUGAAUCAUUAGCCCGUUUCACACGGCCUGGAAAAGCAGGCAAUUGUUCUGUCUUCGGAGGUACUAUCGUUUUUGUGUAUAAGGAUACAGUAAUCCUCACUUAUUGGCGGGGGAUAGUGACCGAGCCCUGCAGUGAAUAGCGAAAAAAUGCAAAUAAUCAACACACCUGACACAGUUGUACUUCCUACCUAUCCAUUUUUAACAAACUCCACUUGCUCAAAUGUAAGGCAACGAGCUAGUCGCUACGUUAACUGUGAUGUCACUUCCUCCCUUUCGCUGGAAGGAGGGCAGACACGCAUCACAUUCUCAUGCCUUUUGCACAUUUAAUGAUGUAAAAAUGGCAUAUAAUAAAUAAUUCAUAGAUUGAAGUAAACCGUAUCAGAUAAAGAAGAUAUGCACAUUUACAAUAUAACAGGAAGUUUUGGCUUUGCGGGUUUACUGUCCCUUUAAACACUUGAGCUGUUUCACAUCAACAUACUUCCUUGACACCAAUUACUGCUUUCCUAUUGGCUGGGCUUUGGCGCCAUCAAGUGGCAUCUUAAAGGUCUUAUAGAAAGAAAACAAAAAUACGCUAAGAACCACAAUUUGUUUUAUCUUUUUUUUUGGACAAUUCUACAAAUGAUGCAGUCCUCUAGCAAUUUGGAAUGACUAAUAGAGCAAUAAUCUGGUACGGUGACCAUUGUGGAAAUGGUGCAGAGACUUCAAGAAAUUGAAGCAGUUUAAAGUGACUCGUAGUGUGAUAAUUUGUGUCAAUUGUGCAAAUGGUGCAGAUACUUCUCAAACACAAGAGUGGCCAGUAUUGGUCAACAACAGAUGUGCAAACAGUGUAGAGUGCCAAGACGACUACAGUGAGUGCACGGGUAAUGUAUAAUUGGCCCGACAGAGAUGUGACAACAAUCUCAAGACAAAAUUGGCAGCAUGUUACAAUGGGAGCUGUUGGAAUGUCUGUUUUAGUUUGCGUUGCUCGAUAGUGGCUACCUGAGGGAAGGAUCUGGAAGAGGUGGUGACCAGGAUGUGGAGGGUCCAAGAGGAUUUUGCAUGCUCUUGUCUUAGUUGGUGUGGCAGCACCAAACUAGACUGUGAUGGUUGAACACAGGACUGAUUCGAUGACAGCUGUGUAGAACCGCCUCAACAGCUCCCGUGGCAGGCCGUGCUUCCUCAGAAGCCGCAGUAAGUGCAUUCUCGGGUGGGCCUUUUUGAGAAUGGAGUUGAUGUUGGGCUCCCACUUCAGGUCCUGAGAGACUGUAAUUCCCAGGAACUUGAAGGUCUCAAUGCUUGACACAGGGCAGUUGGACACCGUGAAGGAUGUUUCCUGAAGUCAACAAUCACCUCUACAGUCUCGAGCGUGUUCAGCUCCAGGUCGCGAUGGCCGCACAACAGCUUCAGCCGCUCCGCUACCUGUCGAUAUGCAGACUCGUCACUGUCUAUGAUGAGGCUGAUGACUGUAGUGUCUGCAAACUUCGGGAGUUUGACCGCUGGGUGCGUCGAGGUGCAGUCGUUCGUGUAGGGAGAGAAGAGCAGCGGAGUAAUUUGGUCAGAAUACACAGAGGAUAAAGAAUUGUGCACACCUAACUCCUAAUCCACUCGCUUUUUGGGGGGCUGGUUCUGUCCUACAAACAAGCCACUGUUCACCUUGCACUCUUUUACUACGGAACCAACGCAGAGUACAACUUUCGUUCCCAUGAAGACAGAGGACGAAGCCAAGGUUGCUACUAUCACAGUCACAGUGUGCGAACUAAAAAACGAGCCUCAUAAAAUGAUAUUACAUUGAAGUGGUGGGAGCUGCCAAAUCACACUUGGGCAAUUGGCACUGAAGACAAAUACCACCCACCACUUUGACAAGCGUAUUCUCCCCUGGCAAAGGCAGCACUUCAUCACCAAAAUGCCAAAUGACACCAAAUUUGUGGAGCGAAUCCUUGUGUGUGGCUCAUGCUGGUGGAGGAAAAAAAGUCACUUUUCCAUAUUUGUCCUUUGACACCUAACACCAGGCACGCGGAAGCAUUUUUCCUAUCAAGGGACGUUAUUUUAAAGUCCUCCAAGGGGCCAUCGUAAAUUAUGGACAAAUGGGAUGCGAUCAAAUGUGAUAUCUUUUGUAAGCAUUUGUGGGCAUUUUUAUACAGGUUCCUCCGAGGUUUUUAGGGCCAUAUAUGGUCCGCAGGCCACAGAUUGCCCAACCCUGCUUUGAAUACAGAUCAAAAGAUUUUGUUUCUUUUGACAGUAUAGCGGCGGCGUGACUUUGAUUAAGACUGCUCUACAAUUAUGUUUUGAAAUGCUCAAAGGACCAAAUUCAGUCUCGUUUUGCUCUGCGUGCAUGAACAUCUGUUUGAACUUUUUUUUCCCUCAAUAAUCUCAGAACGACGUUUUACAGGUAAAAUAACUGAAAUAAGUUUUGGGUGUUUUGCAUAGACGUGAUUAUGUACCAUGGUAGAUUUCAACUCCCAUUUUACAUGAACUAUUCUUUGGCAAUGUGAUACAUGUCAGGUUUUCAAUGUUUUUCCACAAGUUUGCUGACACUGACAGGCAGGAUGGGAUGUCAGUCACCCUUGCAUUGUUUUGUACUGACUUAGAUGUAAUAGCAUGAGAACGCAUAUGAAGGCCACUAUCAUCCAUAGUUCAAUUCCAAUUGGGUUCCAUUUGAAUUGAAUUCCAAGUGACAUUUUUGAAUAGCACGCUCACCCACGCUUGUCUCACGUUAUAUACAGUGGGUAUAAAAAGUCGACACACCCCUGUUCAAAUGCCAGGUUUUUGAGAUAUGAAAAAAUAAGACUAAGAUCAAUAAUAUCAAAACCUUUCCCAUCAUUAAUGUGACCUAUAGCUUGCACAACAACACAAAUCAAAGGUGAGAGGAAGUAAAAAUAAGAUGAGCGCAUGUGGUUGCACAAGUGUACAGUUCACACCACCAUCUUCUAACUGGUGAUGUGGCUGUGUUCGGAAUAAUCCAGUCACAUUCAAACAUGUUCAAUGGGAGUCAGCACACACCUGCCACUGUUUAAAGUGCCUCUGAUUAACAAAUCAAGUUGAUAUUCUUAGAGGCUUUUGUUUUAAGUUUCUAAUUUUUUCCCUUAAAAUAUACAUAUUUCUUUUUUUCAAUUGUGUUGUACAGAUUAUAGGUCGCAUCCAUGGUGUAAAAAGAUUCAAAUCAUUCAAAUGGUUUAUCUUGGUCUCGUUUUUUGUAACAGUAUUAAAAAAAAAUCAUGGCUGUAGAACAGGGACGUGUCGACUUUUGAUGUCCACCGGACCUCGAUGCAACUAUCUCAUCUUGGACUUGCUGCCUCUUUGAUUGUUUAACUGAACAAUGUUACUGAUGGCUUCCUGAUUUGCUUCUUGUUCAGUCAGUGUGUGUGUGUGUGAGUGUGAGAGAGAGAGAUGUAAUUUUCGCAGAAUAAUAAUAAAAGGUUUUGUAAGGCA